AUGAUAUUUUAUUACCAAAACCACAUUCUACUUGUGACAACUUUUCUGGACUGCGCCUACGAGGAUCUCCUCUUCUCUUCCCCUUUCGUUGGCCAAAAUGCAAUUCUAGAGUUCUUCGGGAAGUUCAUCGAAGCAACAAGCACGGAUCUGCAGUUCCUGAUCGAUGACAUUUCUAAAGAGGAGUCGUCAGCUGUUGGAGUUUCGUGGCAUUUAGAAUGGAAAGGCAAGAACUUCCCGUUUAGUAAAGGUUGCAGCUUUUACCGGCUUGAGGUUACUGAUGGCAAGAGACAGAUUGUAUAUGGAAGGGACUGCGUUGAGCCUGCAAUCGACACAGUUCUGGUAUGA